AUGAUAAAGGCUAGGGAGUUGAUUUACCCGUUGCUUAAAAGGCGAAUAGGCAAUGGUCAAAGUACUCGAUUUUGGUUUGAUAACUGGACUCCUCUUGGGAAGCUAUACACGGCUCUAGAUGCAGGAACUUCCCGACUAGGCAUACCGAAGAUGGCAACUGUUGCGUCUCUCUUCACUUCAGGAUCCUGGAAUUUGUCGUUCGCUAGGACUGAUGCUCAGCUUGCUCUGCAGAUUAAUUUAACAACGGUAACUCUUUCAGAUCAGGAGGAUCAAUAUGAAUGGAUGAUAGAGGGAAAAACAAGGAUGAGAUAUAAGACAGGUGAGAUGUAUGAUUACCUGAAAGGUGUUCAACAAAUGGUACCAUGGGCUAGAGUAAUCUGGAUCUCCUAUGGAAUCCCGAGGCAUAGCUUCCUCUCUUGGUUAGUCAUGCUGGAUCGUUGCCCUACAGGAGAUCGACUCAAUAGAUGGGGAUUAAAUGUGGAUCCUCUCUGCUUACUAUGUAAUACUCAUCCAGAGUCUAGGAAUCACCUGUUUUUUGAGUGUGGAUUUAGCGCCGAUGUUUGGAGAAAGAUAGCUCAUCGUUGUCAGCUCCAACCUCUCACCGUGUGGGGAGAUAUUAUCCUUCAACUUCAAAGACUACUGAGAGAUCGAGACUCUCGCCGACUAACUCUACUGGCGUUUCAAGCUUCCGUUUACUGGAUCUGGACUGAGCGUAACACAAGACUGCACCAACAACUCUUCAAAACUCCGGAGACUGUCUUCUCAAUGAUAGACAAGCAGAUUAGGAACAGACUGCAGAGCUUUCGACAUGCAAAUCCAAGGGCAUCAUCGGCGAUGACUCAACUGUGGUUUCUCCACUCGUGA